UGUCGCCUGGCUGGCUGGCUGGCUGCUCCAAACAAGCUUGACCCAGAGGCCAGGAAAGGAGGGGAGAAAGACGCGAGACAAAACACACACUAAACGGAAUAAUCCGUAAGGCGUCUGGGGACAUUCUGACGAUAAGCAGUCCUGUUUCUGAGCUUGGGGGAUUCACUGAGUUUCUACCAAUGAACAACUAGAGCGUCACCUCUGGUCUUGGUGUGAUCGCUCACCUCUUCUAUCAAAAAACGCCCACAGGUGAAGUGUGUAUGGAGCAGUGCGAGAGCGCAGCAGCUCUGCUGGAGUCGGUCAGGGAGCAGGAGGUGCAGUUUGAACAGCUGACCAGGGCGUUGGAAGAGGAGAGGAGGAGAGUGGGCCUCUCUGCCACCAGCCCUUCGGCGCUGGGUCGCCCCCUCCCUCACACACAGAACGGGCGUUUAGGGGAUGCGGACAUCGAGCGACUGAAAUUGACAGACUCCUACAUACACAGCACACAGUACAGAAUGGUGGACCCAGCACACGGCGCUCUAGACGAGAGCUACACACCAGAGGACGACUCCCAUGAAGCACAUUCUGUCUUUUCUGAAGAAGGAACCACACGGCGGCUUGACAAUGGGAUGAAGAAACCCAUCUCACGCACAGUCCUGCCAAAUGACUCAAUGUCCAUCAAUGGCGGCAUGUCUAUGUCCGGUAUGUGCGGCUAUAGCGCAACACUGGACCGUCCAUACAGACAGAUGGGAGGGGACUACCCCACUGCCACGGUGCCCAGAAACUACCACUACGGCCCUGUAGGAGUUUAUGAUGACUACAGGGGAGGACCGCCAUCAGAGGCAUACACAAGCUUGAGCAGGGGCUCGCACAUGGACGAUCGCUACAGGCCAGUUGAUGGCUACAGAACUCUUGAUUCUGGUUACCGGGCCCCGAGCCGCCAGCAGAUGGACCCCUAUGCAGCACAGCCUCAGGUGGGCAGGGGAAUGAGGGCCAUGGGCUCAGCAAUGGAGAUGCGAUACGGCCAAGGACACUAUGGUCUGGAAGAUGACCAGCGUAGCGUGGGCUAUGAAGAGUACAGCAUGGGGCCUCCACCCAUGCACCCUGGGGGUUACGGCACCAUGCCACGGCUGGGUCCUGGCCCAGGUGGUAUGGACAGGCGAAGACUAAGGAGCUUUGAAGAUACUCUGGAUGGUGAUAUGGGAGGAGUUGAUCCAUACGCCUGGGGUGUUCCCAUGACCCUGGAGCGAGGGAGCAUGGCUUCCUUAGACAGCACACUGAGGAAAGGUCCUCCCUCCUCAUGGAGACAACCAGAGCUGCCAGAGGUGAUCGCCAUGUUGAACUACCGCUUGGAUCCUGUCAAAACCAAUGCAGCGGCCUUCCUUCAGCAUCUCACAUUCAAAAAUGACAAGGUUAAGUCAGAGGUGCGGCGCCUGAAGGGUAUCCCGGCCUUAGUGUCACUGCUGGACCACCCCAGCAAAGACGUGCACCAUUCAGCCUGCGGAGCGCUAAAAAAUAUUUCAUAUGGACGAGACCCAGACAACAAGAUCGCUAUCAAGAACUGUGAUGGAGUGCCAGCACUGGUCCGAUUAUUGAGGAAGACCCAUGACCAGGACCUCACUGACACAAUCACAGGCACACUGUGGAACCUCUCAUCCCACGAUUCCGUGAAGAUGGAGAUAGUGGACCACGCCCUGCACGCUCUGGCAGACGAGGUGAUAGUGCCCCACUCGGGCUGGGAGCGAGCAGACAACGGCAGAGAGGAAAGCUGCAAACCGCGGCAUCUGGAGUGGGAGACCGCCUUGACCAACACUGCUGGCUGCCUACGAAAUGUGAGUUCAGAGCGCAGUGAGGCACGGCGAAAGCUGAGAGAGUGCACAGGGUUGGUGGAUUCGCUGAUGUACGUCGUGCAGUCACAGAUAAACCGCAAAGAUGUGGACAAUAAGUUGGUGGAGAACUGCAUGUGCCUCUUAAGGAAUCUGUCCUAUCAGGUCCACCGUGAGGUCCCCAGCUGUGAACGCUAUGCAGAGACCGCGCCCAUCAACCAGGGCCCUGCACCCGGCUCGAACAAGGGUGGCUGCUUUGGCUCUCGAAAGGGCAAAGAUGAGUGGUUUUCUAAAGGAAAGAAAGAUGGAGAUGAUGAAAAUGCAGACCAAGUUGACAUUCCAAAGAGAACAAUGCCUGCCAAAGGUUACGAGCUAUUAUUCCAACCAGAGGUGGUUCGAAUUUACACGUCGCUGCUCAGAGAGAGCAAGAACCCUUCGGUUCUGGAAGCCGCUGCUGGGGCCAUCCAGAACCUGUGUGCAGGCAGAUGGACUUAUGGUCGUUACAUUCGGUCCACUGUACGUCUGGAGAAGGGUCUUCCCAUGAUGGCCGAGCUGCUGGCUCACGGCAACGACCGUGUGGUGCGGGCGAUGUCCGGAGCCUUGAGGAACCUCUCAAUCGACAACAGGAACUGUGAACUUCUCGGUUUGCAUGCUGUGCCCCACCUUGUGGCCAACCUGCCAGGAGGUCAGAACCAGUCGGGGCGUGCCCUGUCGGAGGAGACGGUGGUGUCUGUGCUGAGCACGCUCACAGAGGUGCUCGGCACCAGCUUGGAGGCAGCCAAGACCCUCAGGGCGUCGCAGGGCAUUGAGAGGCUGGUUCUCAUUAACAAAGACGGCAAGCGGUCUGACCGUGAGGUUCGAGGAGCAGGCCAGGUGCUGCAGCUGGUGUGGGCCCACAAGGACCUGCGUCGGCCUCUUGAGAAAGACGGCUGGAAGAAGACCGACUUCCAGGUCAACCUAAACCCCGGCACCACCAACGGCCCGAGCACCCGAGCCAAUGGCACCUACGGGGACAGUACCACACCACUACUGGACAGAGGGGAAAAGCGAAACAUGAUUCCUCUGAAUGACCUCGGCUCUGAGGCUUACUCGACACUGGACCAGAGGGAGAGGCGACACACUCUGGAUGACACCACAGACACUUUCCCGAGAGGGGUAUAUGGGGGAAGAAAGGGCUCCCUGCCUCUGUUGGACUCCUAUGAUGGUUAGCCCUCCCCCCUCUACCCCCCCCUCUCUGCAUGUAACAGCAUGAAAAACUGAUCGUAUGCAUCACCCAGACUGGGCCGUCCCCACCUGACCACUGAUUGAGGAGGGAGGGUCCACAUGCACACACCCUCCUUGUUGUCUCCUCCUCCAUCACCAACCGGACCAAUGGGAUCGGGAGGCGACCGUUUGGCAUCCAAAGAACGUGUUUGUGUUGCAGGCAAAGAUGUUGCAACACUAAUACAUACAAACCCGCUGUUUUGUUUCCUCUGACUUUUUUGGGGGGGAUGAUCAAUUUACUGUAGCAGCAGAAUUCAAGUCUGUGUUAAGUUAUGAAUCUGUAAAGGUAAUCAUCUUUGUUGACAAUCAUUUGAUUCUGGUGUUUUUCUGCUUUUGUAUUGUUUACUUUUAUCGUUGUGGUAAAGUUAUUUUUCUGCCAACGCCAGCAUCCUGACGAGGGGGUUCUAUGUAGACUGCAGUUUAGGGUUAUAUACUGUACAUACAAAGAGAAAAUGAGAUGAGUGCGUACAUUUUGGCUGGUUUAUUUAAAUGGUCCCUUCACGGGGAUCGCUGGGAUGUUGGGACGCGGCCGUUGGACCCGACAAGUCGCUGUCGUUGUUUGCACCGGAGUCGUUUUGUCAGGAAUGACUUCCUCUCGUUGCAAUGGGUGUGGACAAGAGAGCAGGUGUGUUUAUUUGUCAUACACUCAAUAUAUGUUUGUGUGCGUGUGGGAGGGAGAAAUGGUUUGAAUUUUUUUUUUUCUUUUUUCUUUUUUGUAUGGCCUGAUUCAGAACAAUACAUGUGUUCAUUUUGUUUCUUGUCAGUUUAGAUAUCUUGUUCUUCUCAUUUUUGUGUGUGUGUUGUGCAUUACCUGCGUCUUUUCUCCUGGGGGGAAAAAAUACCAACUCCUGUCUGCUAUUAUUUAAUCCAAACUCUGGCUUGAUGAUUGUGGGGCGUGAAGCUGGCAUAAAGUGCAACUAAACCACUGAUCACUUAUUCUUGGCUCUGCUAUUUAUGAUUCAAUUCCAUCUUUCAUUGACUGAAUACUUAUUUGACCUGGAGCCACUCGCACGUUAGAUGUUUUACCCCCCAAAAAAAGAAUAUGUGAGGUGUAUUUUCUUAGAGGAGACUGUCUGUACAAUUUGUGAGUUGCAUUUUCAUUUAGGAGGUAAACGAGAUGCAAUUUUUUUUUUUUUGGUCAUCUGUUUUGUACACCUUUUCUGUCGAUUUGUGAUUCACUCACUCUUUUUGGAGUGGGUGGGUGAGAUCCUUAUGCAAUUUAUUUUCCAUGUUUAAUUGACACCACUGUUCCCCCUCCUACUUUCUUCCAGUUCACCACAGGCAUAUAGUAUAUUUGUAAUGUUGCCUAUCCAUGUAAAAUUAUUACGUUCCAUUCAUACCUGCCUUGGCUCUGACAAGUUGCUUUUUUUCAAGAAAAUAUGUUACUGGUUAUACUGAUGUUUUGAUAAAUAAAGAUCUUUUCUUAGACA